GCUGUGUUAGAAGGGGGCAAGAUGCCAUGACUGCAGUUGCUAACCAGCAGUAGCAGACGAGCUGCUUAUCCCGAGGCGCUCUGUGGUGGAGAGAUAUACAGCUGCUGCGCCGCUGCCAGCUCGGCGCUGACGGGACUGCAGCCUCCGGCCGAGUCGGGGUUGUGUCUGCCGACACCCCGGGGCUGAGCGCUCGGGAACGGAGGAAAACCCGGCCGUCCUGCUGAUGGUCCAUCAGCCGAGCUGCUAGCUGCGACCCCAUCAGGUGGUUCUCGCCUCACCAUCAUGCUGCACCUCGUCCUGCUCCUCCACCUCCUGAUCCUCUCCGUCUCCAUCGCAGGUGCGUCUGGCCUCGGGGAAGUACCUGACUUUUAUAGAGAUGAAGCCACAGGUUACGGGCCGGUGUUUGAGGAGCAGCCGGUGGACACCAUCUACCCCGAGGAGUCGCCGGAGGCCAAGAUCACCAUGAGCUGCCGGGCAAGAGCCAAUCCGCCUGCCACGUACAGAUGGAUGCUGAACAGCGAGGACAUCGACCUGAAUGAACAGAGCAGCCAUUACAGCUUAGUGGGGGGCAACUUGGUCAUCAGCAACCCCAUUAAAACCCUCCAUGUGGGAGAGUACUCCUGUCUGGCGACCAACAUGUACGGCGCCGUCAUCAGCCGAAAGGCCUCCGUCCAGUUCGGAUACCUGGAUCUUUUCUCCUCAGAGGAGAGGUCGACGGUGUAUGUGAAGGAGGGUCAGGGGGCGGUGCUGCUCUGCGCUCCCCCUCCACACUAUCCAGCCGAGCUGUCCUUCCGCUGGAUCCUCAACGAAUUCCCCACCUUCAUCUCGCUGGACAAGCGGCGCUUUGUCUCACAGAUCACGGGAAACCUCUACAUCUCCAAGGUGGACUCCUCAGACAAAGGAAACUACUCCUGCAUCGCGUCCAGCCUGUCCAUUUCCAAGAGCGUCUUCUCCAACUACAUCCCCCUCGAGCCCCUGGCUGAGCGCCCCCUCAGGAAAUACCCCGCUGACCUCAAGGUCAAGUUUCCAGACACCACUGCCCUGGUGGGGCAGAACAUCACCCUGGAGUGCUUCGCUUUGGGCAACCCCGUCCCAGAGAUCCGCUGGAAGAAGCUGGACGGACCGCUGCCGCCCAGCCACGAGGUGCGGCUGGGAGGAACUCAGCUGCAUUUGUACAACGUGCAGUUCGAAGAUGGCGGCACCUACAAGUGCGAGGCAGUCAACUCGAAAGGAAAGGACUACCACACAGCGCGGGUGUCUGUUGAAGCUUAUCCAGAGUGGGUGGAUCACAUCAGCAGCACGGAGAAGGACCUGGGCAGUGCCUACAGCAUGUCCUGCACGGCGGGGGGCCAACCUGAGCCCCACAUCCGCUGGAUGAAAAAUGGACAACCGCUGGACAGGAAGGACAUGAGGUUCAGCAGCCUGACGUUCGACGACUCGGGGAUGUAUCAGUGCAUCGCGGAGAACCGCCACGGAGUCAUUUACGCUAACGCAGAGCUGCGAGUGUUCGCCUGCGCGCCCACAUUUGAACACAGCCCACUGAAGAGAGUAAUGGCAGCUAAUAACGGCCGGGUGGUGAUUAAGUGUCGACCUAAGGCGGCCCCGAAGCCCACCUUCUCCUGGAGCAAAGACACCGAGCUGCUUUUCAACUCCAGCAGGAUGUUCAUCUGGGAGGACGGGAGCCUGGAGAUCCUCAACGUGACGCGAGAAGAUGAAGGGAAAUAUACCUGCUUUGCAGAGAACAACCGAGGGAAGGCCAACAGCACGGGCACCCUGGUGGUCACAGAGUCGACAAAGAUCACUUUGGCUCCUUCCAACGCCGAUGUUAAAGUGGGGGAGAACGCCUGGAUGCAGUGUGCGGCGUCGCACGACGGCACCCUGGACAUCACCUUCAUCUGGUCCCUGGACGGCAGAGUGAUCGACCUGGACAAGCACAGCCAGCACUACGAACGCACCCCUAAUGGGAGCUCAGAGGGAGAGCUGUUGAUCAGGAACGCUCAGCUGAGACAUGCUGGACUCUACACCUGCACCGCUCAGACACCGGUCGACAACGUCACUGCUUCUGCACACCUGGUUGUCAGAGGUCCCCCCGGUGCCCCAGGUGGAGUGCGAAUAAUAAACAAAGCUGACAAGAGCGUAACAUUGCAGUGGAGUCGUGGAGCAGACAACCACAGCCCCAUCUCCAAAUAUACCAUCCAGUACAGGGACCAGUUCUCCGAAGACGUCUGGAAGAACGCCGCCACAUCUCCCGCCAUUGUAGAGGGGAACACAGAGACGGCCACAGUGUUGGAUUUGUUCCCCUGGACGGAAUAUGAGUUCAGGAUUAUUGCCACCAACACUCUGGGGACAGGAGAGCCCAGCAGCCCGUCGCCGAAAGACAGAACCUUACCGUCAGUUCCUGUGGUGGCUCCCUCGGAUGUCAGCGGGGGUGGAGGCGCGAGCAGAGAACUGACCAUCACGUGGACGCCUGUACAGCCACAGUACUACUACGGGCCAAACUUUGGCUACAUUGUGACCUUCAAACCCAAAGAAGAAAACCAGUGGAAAAGAAUGGUCGUCUCCGAUCCGCAGGCCAAGCGCUACGUCCACAAGGACUCCGACAUGCCUCCGCUGACAGAGUUUCAUGUCAAAGUUAAAGCGUUCAACGGUGAAGGGGAAGGACCGUACAGCCUUACAGCCACCAUUUUGUCUGCACAAGACGCUCCCACUGAAGCGCCCUCUGUUGUCGACGGCAAAGCACUGUCCGCCACAGUGGCCACGGUGUGGUGGCUGCCGCUGAAAAACAGCAGUGUGGAUGGAUACCAGAUAAAGUUCUGGAGAAAUCAGGAGGACAGUGAAGGCGGGGCGCAGAGAGCGGCCGUGCCUGGCUCGGAGAAUCACACCAAACUGGAGGGCUUGAAGCCUGACUCCUACUACUUCAUAGAGAUCCGCGCUUACAACUCUGCCGGAUACGGGCCGGCCAGUCAGCGUCUCCAGAUUCACACGAUGAAACCCCCACCAAGUCGACCCCCGGUCAUAAUAGGCAAAAAGCUAAAAGGCUCUUUUAUAAACAUCGCCUGGGAACACGUGGAGCCGAUGGCGAACGAAUCGCCUAUAGAUGGUUACAGAGUGCUAUACAGAGAGCGGAACCAGUCCACAGGGACUCUGUACACAACCAGCAAGCGACACAUAGACCUGCCCAUCCACGCCAAUGGGAACUACGUGGUGGAGGUCCGGGCGCACACAGAGGGGGGAGACGGGGCCAUGGUGCAAGUCGACCUCCCAGGUGGAGGUGUUGAAGCUGUCCAGUCCACCGGCGUCGUCGUCCUCCUCCUGGCGGCUCUCCUCUGCCUGAACCUCUGAAUGUAGCGCCGUCUCCGUCUUCGCGUCCGAGACUCUUAUGGUUGCUUAUGGUUUAAGGACUUACGGGACUCUUUCCACAAUCUUUUGGUUCCGCCCUAUAACCCGGGAUGUCUCCUUCCAGCUCUUUCCCUUCUGGAAUACGUUUGUGGAAACAGACACAGAAAUGGAGAAAUUGGAAAAGGACAAUGACAUUCCUUAUUUAUCCACAGAAAACCUCUCUGGAGGAGUGUCAAAGGAGUUCUGUCAACUUUUAAAUAUGCCUUAUAUAAACGACUGCGCUUGCCUUUCACAGUAACUUGUUUUAAUUGAAAACGGAUCGUGACUGGAAGUGUACCCUCUGCACUUGGCGCUGGUUGACUGUUUAUCUUUUUAUUUUGCCUCGUGAAGCCGACCUUUCUCACCUGAAGAUGCCGUAUGUUCAGAAACGUGGGCUUCAUUUGAUGUGUGAGGUUUUUAGGGACUCAAUCCUACAGUGCAUUCCAUAGUUCAACAGGCGAACAAGUGACUGUGAAAGGAAAGCGUACGAGUUUAUAAAAAAAAAAAAAAAUGUCUUCAUGUCUUUCUUUACUUACAGUUCAGUGGCAUUUUUUAACGAAACAGACCCUUUGUUACAGAGAUACAGUCAAAGCAAAUCUCCCCUUUGGCAUACUUUAUUUUAUAACAAGCACAAAGAAGAGAAGAGUUGCUGUCAUUCUGUGAUGAUAUAUUCAAUAACUGAUAUGGUUUUACUGUCUAAUAUCCUGUUGAUGUGAUUGGAGGAGGAACGGAUCGAUUUAACCCGCAGUUUCAAUGCUUAGUUCCAGACCAUAACAUGAGCUCUAUUAAUGCUUCUGUCAGAUCCUGUGCAUGUUGACUAUAAGGGAACAGUGGGAGGCCGUCUCGUGCAUACUGGGGCUCGAACGUAACUGCAAAGCGAGGACCGAACACAUCAAACGUGCAGCUUCCGACGCACAACUGCUGCAAACUGUGGUGAAUCCGAUUGGCUGUGACCUCUCACCAUGCAGGCCAAUGUUAAAGAUGAUCAUUUCAAUAUGUCAGUGACCUUAAACCCACCUUAACUCUCCUCUGUUUGGACUGUAUCAUGAGGACCUCAGUGGUACCAGCUGGUGCUUUGUAAAGAAUGUUGGCAUUUUCUUCCACGCGUCUCAUUUCCCCCUCGCUGUUGGCUUCGUGUGUGGGAGUCACUAUUAACCGUUACAAAGAAUGGUAGCGACGUUCAUGCCCUCCAAUAAUCGUGCAAUGUCUGAUUCAUCCGCGGCAACUUCAUAUUUUCUAGUGAGACGGUUUGCCUAGCUCCUGUAACAGCAGUCUAGUUCAUUUCCUUUUUUUCAUGAUCUAGUAUAAACUAAAGGUAAUCAAAGCCAUCCAUAUCAGUGGUAAGAGCCCAUCCAAAGCUCAUGAUGUUGUUUUGACAGCAUUAUUUUUAUCUGUUUAUUAACAUAUUACAGAGAUAUAUAAACCUUAUCAACUGUUGUCAUAUUUUUUUUGUUGUUGUUAUUUUCUUGUUAUAUCUGUCUGUCUUUGCCCACCUCUGGUUGGACAAUUUUAAAAAAAGUUUAUUUCCCUCAAACGGAGGAACAGAUGUUGUGUUUGAAGUUCCUCUCAUUCAUUUCCGUGUGACUGAUGCCGGUCAUGCUUCUACAUUGUGACAAUGUCAAUGUCCGCCACAAAGUGCUUUUCCCAGUUUUUCUUCAUGCCAGAAAUC